GCUCUGAAGGGCUGCAGAAAGCCCGGGCUGCAAGGCUCCGGGGAUCCUCCAGCUGAACCGGGGGUCCUGAUCUCACGAAGGAAAUCCUCAGCUGCGGCUCUGCAGACGCGGCCGGCUGGGUCCAGGGCCUGCUGUCACCCAGCCGGAUCGCCCACCACCAGCGUUCCCGGAUGCAGUGAAGCCCGCGCCUGCCCCUUCUGCGUUAACCCCCUGAGGACCUCAAAUCCCCGCUGUGCUUGAGGCAGCACCGCUGAAGGACCCAGGCAGCCACGUGCUGCGCCGCCACUGCGCAGGAUGCGCGACGAUGGCUUCGCGAGGUCAACGCUGAGGGAGUGCACUCCACCCGCGGAAACCGCCACGCGGGACGCGAUCGUUGGGUGCCUUGCAAAAGAAACACUUAAAGCACCAAGGAAGACUGUUCCUGUCGAGCACUGAAGCCAUAAGGGAUGCUGCUGUAAAAAAUUAGUUACACAAUGAGGUGUUGCCACAUCUGCAAACUUCCUGGAAGAGUCAUGGGGAUCCGAGUGCUCCGUUUCUCCCUGGUGGUCAUCCUCGUGUUACUGCUCGUGGCUGGAGCUCUGACCAAUCUGCUCCCCACCGUCAAAGAGGACAAGAUGCUCACCCUGCGCAGGGAAGUCAAACCCCCGAGCACACCCGCCCUGGACUCCUUCACUCUCAUCAUGCAGACGUACAACAGGACAGACCUCUUACUGAGACUGCUGAACCACUAUCAGGCAGUGCCAAAUCUGCACAAAAUGAUCGUGGUGUGGAACAACGUGGGCGAGAAGGGACCGGAGGACUUAUGGAAUUCUCUCGGGCCACACCCCGUCCCUGUCCUCUUCAAAACACAGACAGCCAACAAGAUGAGGAAUCGACUCCAGGUCUUCCCCGAGCUGGAGACCAACGCAGUAUUAAUGGUAGAUGAUGACACACUCAUUAGUGCCCAGGAUCUUGUUUUUGCUUUCUCAAUUUGGCAGCAAUUUCCUGAUCAGAUUGUAGGAUUUGUACCUAGAAAACACGUUGCUACUUCCUCUGGUAUCUACAGUUAUGGGGGUUUUGAACUGCAGACACCGGGACUUGGAAAUGGUGACCAGUACUCCAUGGUGCUUAUCGGCGCCUCCUUCUUCAACAGCAAAUACCUGGACCUCUUUCAGAGACAGCCUGCAGCCGUCCACGCGCUGGUCGAUGAGACUCAGAACUGCGAUGAUAUUGCUAUGAAUUUCGUGGUCUCCAAGCACACUGGGAAGUCUUCGGGGAUAUUCGUGAAACCUAUAAACAUAAUCAAUCUGGAGAAAGAAACCAAUGGCUAUUCUGGAAUGUGGCAUCGGGCAGAGCACUUUCUGCAAAGAUCUUACUGCAUAAAUAAGCUCGUUAAUAUCUACGAUGGCAUGCCCUUAAAAUACUCCAACAUUAUGAUUUCCCAGUUUGGUUUUCCAUAUGCCAACCAUAAAAGUAAAAUUUGAACCAAAAACAGUCAAAAACAAACCCGGAACACCGGUAGGUUUUUGAAUGGCUUCUCCAUGCUGUGUAAUUUUGGUUUUCAAGCAACACCAUGAACUUUUGUCUAGUUCACAAGUCUCUACCAUAGAAACAAAACAAGAAACAUAUGCAGUAUUUCUAGUAUAUAAACCCCAUGCACUGUAAAAGCCAAGAAGCCCGUCUUACCGAGACAGGCCCGUUCGUGAAGAGCUUUUGUCCAAGGUUGUUACUCCUUGGUGGUGAUAUUAUUGUUUACAUCUCGAGACUGCUCUCCAACUUGUUUGAGCGAGCCCUGGCAUCUGCCUUAAGGACCUACAGCAAGCUACUUCCAGGACCAGACUCAAAAGAAACCCUUUCUAGCUUUUCAGUGAAGGUUAGUUGUUUUUAUCUGAAGCCUGAAAUGCUUCUUCAGCUAAUGCCUGUGGUAUAGGGAAAAGCCAUGUAAAGAGACUGUAGUCUUGAACCCAUGUCAAGAACCAGGAAAAUUCCCGGUUGCCUGUGUCCCUUGUGGCCCUUCUAACCAGAAUUAACUGUGCCCGGCAUGGUUUUGACCAAGGCGUCAGUGCUGGUAAUUUUCUGUGUUAAGCCUCUGGUGACUGGGAGGUUAAGUUUUCACGUCUGACCAGUCUAAUUGUUUGCUUGGUGUUUCUGUGAGCCUACCCUGCAUGGAUCACUACAAUGUGCAGCCAGCCCAUGUCUCUCAUAUGCAACCUAUAUGCAACAAGGAGUAAAUGUGUCACUGCAAUCUGUCACUGUGUGUGACCAUGAGAAUGUACGUUCUUUCUUACAUUUUACAAAAUGUUUAAUAAAUAGUAUUAAAGAACUUCUGAAAGAAUGGUUAAGUAGAAGCAGCAGAAAUUAAAGACCUUAGUAUCAAAGACCUUUAUUAUUAAAGCAUACGCUAUCCUGUAGAUAUUUAAUAGCUGUGUUAUACAGAGAUGUUUGCAUCCAGAACCCUGGAUUUUGUUGGUAUGUUUUUUUAAGUUCCAAGGCACUAUUCAUCAUGAUAAUCCAAUUAUAUAGUUGAAAAUAAAGAAAGAACUGAGCCAUCGUGUGAGAAGACUGUGGGAUACCCACAGUUGUUCACUGUUCCUAUUGCUAUCACCUGCUCUUUCUCGUGGGAACCAUGUGUCUGUGACCUGUCUGGUAUUUUUAUAGUUUGUCCUUGCUCACCUCUCCUCCAUCAGGCAUCUGUGUGUCACUGUUUUUCUCUUUUUAUAAGGCCGAUGCAUUUUCAAAGGUGUGAAAAAGCAGAACAAUGGCAGCUGAAGCUGCCUGUGAUGUCUUCCUGCUGUCAGCCCAGUGUCUGUCUAACAACGGAGUGUAUAUGUGUGUCUUAAUGCAAUAUUUUUUUUUAACUUGACCUCAUUAAAAGUCAUGCUUUCUCCAAAUUUGGCAGUAAUUUUUUGCCUCUUGGUAGUCCACAAUCCAAUAAAUAAACUUCAACUCUUCCGA